AUGGCAUCGCUGCGCGACCACAUUAAGAGCGACCAUUCGAACGCCGAUUACAAUAGCGCCUUCUAUAAGGUUGUAGACGACCUAAAGAUCGACAUAACCCAGUUCAAGUGUAACCUCUGCUCGCAAGACAUCCCCAACGUGGACACGUUUAUGGUGCACAUAUCGCGCGACCACAGCGUGUCUGUCAACUUUGAGGUGCCGUUCGGCGUGCUACCGUACCGCCAGGGCCCCACCGGCCUCUGGAUGUGUCUCGAUUGCGACAAGACCUUUUCCGAGUUCUCCCAGAUUAACGGCCACCUGCGCAGCCACGUGAAGAUAUUCACGUGCGAUAAGUGCGGGGCUACCUUCCUCUCCGAGCACGGGCUCCGGCAGCACGAGCGCAACUUCAAAUGCUACAAGGCGACGUACAAGCCCCGAUUUGGCAAAGCGCUCAAGCACCGCAGCAACACCGAGAUCAUCCUGCAGUGCUCGACCGCGUGCCCCUUCCGCACCUGGGGUCAAAACUUCAACUGCGUCCUCUGCCGCGUGCAGUCGAACGACCCGAACGGCCUGCGGGCGCACAUGGCGACCCGCCACGCGAACUUCGACGUGCAGCUGGUGUUCAGCCGCAAGCUGCGCAAGGAGUUCCUCAAGGUGGACAUCAGCGACCUCCAGUGCAAGCUGUGCUUCACCCGCAUCGACACGCUCGACGAGCUGAUGGCCCACCUGAAGGACGACCACAAGCAGCCGAUCAACCUGGACGUGCAGCCGGGCGUGCUCCCGUUCAAGCUGAACGACGGCUCGUGCUGGCGCUGCGCCAUCUGCCGCACCCAGUUCUCGGACUUCGUGUCACUGAAGCGGCACACGGCCGAGCACUACCAGAACUACGUGUGCGACACGUGCGGCGAGGGCUUCAUCACCGAGUCGGCGCUGGUCUCGCACGCGCGCGUCCCCCACGACAACAAGUACAACUGCAGCCGCUGCGUGGCCACGUUCACCACGCUCGAGGAGAGGAACGUCCACAUCAAGAGUCAGCACACGGCGCUGCCGUACAUGUGCGGCCACUGCAAGGACAAGCCCCGCUUCGGCACGUGGGAGCUGCGCAAGCGCCACCUGAUGGAGUUGCAUAACUACAGGCCCGGCGCCGAUAUGUACGAGUGCACCACCUGCCACAUGACCUUCAAGACCCGCUCGCAGAAGUACCAUCACAACGUGAAGGCGCACCGCACGAAGAAGGAGUCCGAAUACGGCCAUCCGUGCGUGCAGUGUUCGCGGGCGUUCGCCUCGAAGCUCUCCCUGGACAAGCACAUUGCGAAGAAGCACUUCCACGUGUUA